AUGCGCUUUCGAACAGAAUUAAAAAAUAUACGCACAUUUUCCAAGCUAACGGCCGCGCUCUCUUCGCUCGAGAAGAUUGCCUGGGUGCGUCUUAGUGAUGAGACGGCACGCUUCACGGUGAUUCCCGACAUGGGAUCCCAGGUCUGGGCCUCCCUCUCAAUGGACUUCAUCUUUGAAAACUUCACGAUCCAGUCCGCAGAAGCCUCAAACACCAUCAACCUCGAGCUCCCGCUGCAGCCGCUGCAGCGCGCGCUCAAAUCAGCCCUCAAUAGCAUCUCCGCCUCGUUGCGUCUCACGAAAAAAGACGGCCUGCCCGUACUCUCCCUCACAAUCACUACCACCACGACCGCUGGGAGUAGCACAAACGCUGCUUCUGUCGCCGCCGCUGCCGCCGCGGGUCAGCGCGUCUCCGCCAUAGAUGACCCAUUUGCCACAGGGGAAGAUGAUGACCACUUCCACGCUGAGCACCUCGAGACGUCUCUGCGGCGGGAGCACGAAAAGAUCAUCACGCAGGACAUUCCCGUGCGGGUGCUGCACCCCGAGACCGUCGAGACCAUCAUGCAGCCCAAGGUGCGCGAGCCCGACGUUCACAUUCAGCUGCCGCCGCUUCUCCAGCUCAAGGCCAUCUCGGACCGCUUCACCAAGCUCGCGCAGGCCACGACCACCGCUAACGGAGGCACCGGCGGCGGCGCGUCCGCGUCCGCCGCCGCGCGAGCGCCCAAGCUCGAGCUCAGCGCCAACAUGCACGGCGGCCUGCGCCUGCGCAUCGCCACAGACACGACCGACAUCGCGAGCGUCUGGUCCGGCCUCGAGAACCCGCAGCUCGACCCCGCACAGCUCGACCGCCCGCUCGAGGAGCACCCCAGCACGCGCUUCCGCGAGGCCGGCCCGGACCGCUGGGCCACGGUCCGUGUCGACGGCAAGGACUGGAGUCGCGUCCUGAGCGUCGGCCGCCUCGAGGGGCGCGUCAUUGCGUGCUUCGCCGACGACCACGCGCUGAUCCUCUACGUCUACGUUCCGCAGCACGACGACGCGACUGCGGAGGAUUCGGUAGUCACGUACUACGUCCAGUCAUAUAGCGCAUAA